AUGGUAAAAGACUGUUACCUGAAUCGAUCUGACUUCAGUUUGGUUUACCAGUGUAUGGAGAUUGUACUCACCAAUAACUUUCUCCGUUUUGAGGAUGUGGAUGCCACCUGCAGUGAUUUUGAUUUUGGAACAGCCCUCCAUAUUGCCGCUUCUAAUUUGUGUAUAGGAGCUGUCAAGUGUUUAUUAGGCCAUGGUGCCAAUCCUGCUUUUAAGAAUGAAAAAGGCCAGAUUCCUGCAGAUGUCAUUUCAAACCCAGUGGAUAUGCCCCUGGAGAUGGCAGAUGCUGCUGCCAUUGCAAAAGAGCUGAAGCAGAUGCUCUUGGAUGCUGUAACUCUGUCUUGUGACAUUUCAAGGGCCAUGCCACUGAACUUUGAUCAUGUUUCUGGCCAAGCUUUCCUUAAGUCACUUGGUAUUAAGUUGGGAGAUCGUGUGAGUAUAGCAGGACAAAAGAUUGGUUCACUACGAUUUUGUGGCCCAACACAGUUUGCAGGUGGACAGUGGGCAGGAAUUGAACUGGAUGACCCCGAAGGAAAGAAUGAUGGUAGCGUCGGAGGGGUGCAGUACUUCAAGUGCCCACUCAAACAUGGCAUAUUUGCACCUCUAUCCAAAAUAUCAAAGGCCGCUGAUCAUAAAAAGAGUACACUGAAAACAUUACACCAAUUGAAAUCUACAUAUAAACUGCAAAAAACUGACCUGUCUCGAGUAACAUCGAAAUUAGACACAGGUUCAGUAACAUCCAAACCUCUUACUUGCACGGAAUCCAAAGUUAUUUCACCCUCCAAAGAGGUUGCCAAAAGUCAAGGUGGAGGAAGAGGUCUGUGGAGUCGUGCAAUUUCUAUGGGAAGUGUAAACUCUGAUGAAACAGACAUUAAGCUAGGAGACCGUGUGCUAGUGGUGGGACAAAGAACAGGAGUAGUGAGGUUCUGUGGAAAAACUAGCUUUGCACCAGGUUGCUGGUAUGGAAUUGAACUUGACAAACCUCAUGGUAAGAAUGACGGUUCGGUUGGAGGUGUGAGGUACUUCACCUGUGCAGCAAAACACGGAGUCUUUGCUCCUCCUUCUCGAGUACAGAGGAUAACUGAUUCCAUGGAUUCUUUAUCUGAUAUCCCAGCAAGCAAGCUCAAUCAUUCUUUCCCAGGUUUCAGGAGAAGUUUAAGUUCAUCUUCAACUGUGUCUUCACAAAAUGAUCAAAAUCGAUUAAAAUCAUUUAGCUCGAAGAAACCCAUAUUUCGUCGAAGCUGGAGCAGCACCAGUGGUGGAAGCUCAGAAGGCACUGUUAAACUGCGGAAAGGAUCCCAGGUUCUUCUGGUCAGCUCCAAUGAAAUGGCUACAGUGCGAUACAUUGGCCCCACUGAUUUUGCUUCUGGGAUUUGGUUGGGACUUGAACUGAAAUCUCCUAAAGGAAAGAAUGAUGGAUCAGUGGGGGAGAAGCGUUAUUUUACUUGUAAGCAAAAUUAUGGUGUUUUGGUAAGACCAACCAGAGUAACAUAUCGAGGAAUUAAUGGAGGGAAACUAGUGGAUGAUAUUAGUUGAAGGUUGAAGCUUUAACAUAAACUGAUACUGCUUUGACUUACCAUGAAUUGUUUUUGGUUCAUUUAUUCUCCAUUUGUUUUGCUUGUGUGUAAUUAUUGAAAUUGUAUAUUAUAAAAUAUAGGUUUGUAACAAGAAAACCAAAGAAUGAUAGCAACUUCUGAUAAAUUACAUGGGCAUUCAUUUUACUUUGCAGACCAUGGUUUGUAUAAAUCAGUUUUUUCAAUGCA